AUGCCCAGCGAGUGGCAAUCAUGGGGCAACUCCACGUCGUGGGCUCAGGGCAAUGCGUACAUGGAGGACGGCUGGUGCACGGAGUGUCGCCGUCGCGGGGAAGGGUGGCGCAACGGACACAGCACGUUCUAUUGCCAAGCGUGCUGGAGCAAGUACACUGCCCAGUCAACCAAACACUGGCAUCAGCAGGCGAGUGAGGAUGAUGAUCACUAUGAAGGCAAGGCUUAUCACGAUGAGAUUCUAACAGCCGAUCAGCUUGCUGCAGAAGGAGAGGAGGGAGUCAUCGCGCAGGCCUUGUGUGAGGCAGAGGAAGCCCUGUGCAAGAUGCAGAAGCAGACCAGCGCAGCUGCUGAAGAAGGUGCCGCGAAAGCCAGCCAGGAGGGCGAUGUCGACGAGAGCAGUGACUCCUUCACACCACUUCGUAGUUUCUGCACCCCAGGACCGGUGCAAUCCGAACUCCAGCCAGCUCACAUCAUCGCACUCGUGGAUACGUCCGGGUCCAUGCGCAAGAUCGAUGUCUGGCCUACUGAAGGCCAGAGCUGCGUGUCCCGCCUUGCCGCCGUCAAGGAAACAUUGUCCACGUUUUAUCAGAAGCAGCAUGGGCGGACCGCUUGCAGCAGCAUGACGUGGAACGCAUCGUCAGCUUCUUACGGCAGGCGGCCGCGCACAUCGUGGGCUUCAGCAGAUUGCCCUCACCGCUUUUCCUUAAUAUCGUUCUCUCACACCUCCAAAGUCCACUUCGUCCGGCAGAGCGCAGCAGACGCCUGGGGUCAAGUCAGCUGGCAAAGCUGCCUCAACACAGCCAGGGACGGUACCCACUUCGUCACAGGCCUGGCAGCUGCGGAAAAGCUCUUGGGGCGGCCGGCCGGCACGCCCCACCUUCUGAUUUUCAGUGACGGCUGCCCAGCAGAUGCCAAGCAGACCUUGCUCGUGGUGCAGCGCCUGCUGCGCGACUCGCAAGACUUGCGGAUUCACGCCAUCGGCUUUGGGGACAACUUGGACUUUGACUUGCUGAAGCAGAUGGCACGUGAUGGGCGAGGGACCUUCACCCGCUCCGACCGCUCGAUUGCGGCCUUGCAUCAAGCUUUUGCCGCAGUGUCAUCAUCCAUCACUCAGACUCAGACGGUCACAAAGACUAGCACUUUUUCCUUCAAGGGCAGUUCUGGCCAAUCCAGCGAAGAGGCCUUUCGGAAGCGAAGGCAGGCGACCUUCGAGCCCUCUGUCCACUUUGUCUUCGACACCGGCUCCGUCACGUUUGAAAGCAGCCGCCAGCAUUGGAGCUACGAUGGCAAGUCCUUCAAGAAUCACGUGCGCCCCGGUAGACCGUAUGAGAAUGUCUCCAUGAGGCGUUUGCCUUUCACCGAAGGUGGUCUCCGCCUUGUUCAUGGUUUCAGAGACCCGACCGUCCCAUCACUUGCCGAUCAUGCAGCCGGGACGGAUGCGCCAGACCAGGCGCCCAUGGUCGCGAAAGUGUCCAGAUAUCUGGAUGAGCGGCACAACUCCCUGGACGUCGUGUCAGCCUAUGCCAAAAGCAGCGCAUGCGCUCUCUUCUACUCCCACCUUUUCCGUCAGCAUGCUGCAAAAUGCCUCGGGAGGGAGUCGAAGGCGCUGGCCAGGAUCAUUUUCAUGGAGUGUUAUGUCUACAGCGCCAAGGCAGGAAGCCAGGCGCCGGCGCCGGUCAUGGCGGCCGAGCGGUAUCUGCCAGGCGAGUUCAUCAAGUACAACUCAAACAACGGCUAUGUGAACAGUGAUGCGCCGGACUCCGAGAUUGCCCAGGCGUUCUCGCACUUCACCUAUGAGUUCAGCCUGGGGAAGCAGAUGGUCCUGGACCUCCAGGGUGUGUACCUGGACCAGAAUCGCCGGUCGCGACCGCACAUCAUCAUGACGGAUCCCCAGGUCGUCUCGGUGGAGAAGUCCUUCGGGGUGGCCGACCUCGGGGAGAAGAGCAUGGAGGCCUUCUUCCGGCACCACGUGUGUGGUAGCAGCUGUCGGAUGCUCAAGCUGGAUCCCAAGGCGCUCCUCAAGGCAAGGCUGUACCGGGCCAGUGAGGCGCAGGGACUCCCAAGCGCAGAGGCUCCGCCUCCGAUGGAAGCGAUCGUGGUGCCGAGCUCUCUGCCGGACCUGCCUUCCUCCGGGCUGCCCCCGCGGGCGCCGCGCGCGCUGUCGAGCGCCAAGGCAGAUGGGCCCCUCUCGGCCAUGAUGGCCCGGUCGCGAGACUCCAACUUCGGCCCUGCUGCCUGGCCGGUGGCUCAUGAGGCGCCGCCGCCUGCGCCUUGUCCGGCUGCCGCGCCGCCUGCGGCCCCCACUGGGAGGCAAGCCGGCGUGCAGGGCAGCGCCACAGAGUCCGAUGCCAGCUCCUGGUCGCCAGGCUCGAUGAAGUCGGCAAGCUCAUGCAGCACUCGUGCUCCAAAGGAGGCAGGGGAUCACCUUGAGAUGGCGGUCCGGGACAUUAGGUUUGCGCAAAACAGCAUCAGCUCCUCCUUCCGCGACGGGCGGCAAACCUACCAGCUCCUGAACGACCUCAAUAAUCGCGUUGUCGAUCCACUCCGGGAUCUUGAGCCUCUCGAUGUGGUGUUUUACGACGGAUUUUGGCGAUCUCUGUCCAAUCGCAGGCUAUGGGCACUCAAGUGCACCGCUGGGAUGUCUGGCCGAGAACUCCUCGUUCGGGUGCGUGUCCGGCAGCCGGACAGGGAGUUCUGGAGCAAGCUGUCCAGCACCAACAAUGGGGUAUCGGUUGAAAUUGUGAACCGCUCGCGGUCGCCCUCGCCGGCAGCCGCCCGCGCUUGA